UCAAAAAUAAAAAAUUAGAGCCCGGCAGAAGAAAAGGCUCUCCAUCUCGUCCUGCUUAACUUUUACUCUGCCCUCUCUACAUCCCAUCUCUCUGCCUCCUCCAUCCCCUGGAAGGAAAAAGAAAGAAAGACGACGGAAAAGCAGAAAAAUAGCGAGAAGGAAAAGGAAAAAUAAAAGGAGACGCCAGCGAAUAGACUGAGCAGCUCGAUCGUCGGGCUGGAGCGUCUCGGGAAGACAUAAAUACUCCUCCUGCUCGCUCGCCGGCCUGCUGGGUUUGUCUGUCUUCUACUGGUCUCCUGCGUCUUGCCUGCCACCCCCCCUGACUCUGUCUCUCCCGCCUACAUCGAGGCUGAGCUGCAACUAAACAGCGAUCAUAGCGGCAGACGGGACAGCUCAGCUUCUCCUCACUGCAAGGGAGAAGACAGCCUUUCGCAUCCAUCUAUCUCGCUGCUCCUUUCGAGACCGUCCUGAGAGUGGCAGAAGAAUCAAGCAAGCUCCGGCCUAGCAAGCUCACCUCCUGGUCAAGUCCGAAGAAAAUCGCCGAAACGCUACCAGCAGCACCAGCUCCAGCGCAGCCAUGCAUAAGCCCUCGCUCACUCACCUGGUGUACAACGCCCUCUUCAGCAAGCCUCGCGGCAAUGACCCGUCCUCCUUCUCCUCGCACAUCACCAGAAACCUCGUCCCCGAAGUGCGAGUAGAGACAUCGACCUUCUAUGGAACGCUCGACUGCAUUGAAGCUCAGUAUCCCGGCCUAGACUACUCGUAUGGCCCUCAUCGCAUGAGACUAGGCCGUUUCCACCACCACAAGAAGCUGUUCAAGGUCUUUGACGAGCUCGGGCUGACCGAGGCCGAGAUCUCGUCCCUCUGUCGCUGGGAGGGCACAAAGUCGGCCAGAGAACGGUACGAGCGAGAUACCGGCAUCAAAGUGCGAGACACCACCGCAGACGAGAUCAAGCCUGCUGCUCCGUCGAUGCCGCCUACGCUCCACGUACAUGCUGCACCCGUACGAGAAGCGAGCGAAGCCGAAGAAGCAGAGGUAGCAGCGGUUGAAGAGGACGACGAGUGCUGCUCUUCCUCUUCCUGUCGCUCACAGAUCAUUGACGGACCCAUACUGCCUAGCAACGCCGGAUCAGACACCAACGGACCCAUUACCGGUGAGAGCGGGACUGAGGAUAGCAGCAGCGACGAAGACCUGGAGAGCUAUGGAGUGGCCCUGAACGAACACCUCCUGGAAGCCACUGCAGCCCGGGAGCGUGGGAUCAACGUUGCCCUUGAUGAGAUAUGGGAGCAGUGGCUCAAGGAGGCUAUCGAACGGGGUGGUUAUACCGACAUGCUCGAUGCCAUUCGUGAAGGACGAGCCAUCGACUUUACACAGAGAGGUGUGGCCGUACACCAGCAUCACCAGCACCACCAGAGCCACCACCAUCAUCAGCACCAAUACCAUCAUCCACAUCUUGCAGGGCCAGGAUCACCCAGUCCUGCAUAUCGCAGCUACUCUGCCGGCUCACCAGCCAUAAACAGUGACAUUAUUCACUCCAUAGCACCGAUCUCAACCCCUUCUACGACCGUCUCAGCCCAGCCAUCAAGAGACCUCCACCACCACAGCUGAAAAACCUCGUUUCGUUCCUUUUUUUCUACCGCUUUCGUUUUAUCCAGGCAUUUUACCGGCGCAUUGAUACAGGAGACUUUCCCCUUAUUGUUUUACUGUCUCUCUCUCUCUUCUCUUCGAUUCAAUUUCGAUUAAUGGUGUUUAUGGGACUGCUUCUUCUCGACACUACUAGCGUUCAAGCGAGCAUCUCGCUCUCUGCAGUCCCGUACUCCUUAUCCUCGUCUCAUCUCAGCUCUUCUCUUCGCAGAACCUUUUUACGUAUUCCCCAAGACCUUAUGGCUAUGGAUAGAUCUGUUCUCCUGUUCCUCUUACGCCUCGUUAUCUCCGCUGCUCGCUUUUUCUCUCUGAAGCUUCAUAUAACGACUCCCUUUUCAGCUUCCUUCGGCAUAUAUUCUCGUUCCUUUUAUGAUAUCCCUGAGCGCCAGCAUGCGAUGCUCCUAUCUAUAUGUUCCUAUUCAUAUUUCUAUUUACUUCCUUGAUAGUGGCCUUUGCAUUUUUAAUCUUUGUUCAUUGCAUUUUUAUGCUCUAGCAAGGCUUAUUUAAUAUUGUAUUUAGCCUGUUUGCAAUCAGGGGAACAACAGUUCAUUCUCACCUUCACACGUUCAUUGUAGAAAAACUGACUACGGAGUAUGUCAAUUAUAUAUCACUUAGCAUUCCAUCUGACUUGUUUAAGUGCUUGUAUGUUGGUGUACUUGGAGUUAUCUCUUCUCUAUCUCUGUAUACCUAAUAAUAAAAGAAUAGGUACCUAAAGUCUGUGAAUUUUUACGUUCACGUGAUCGGUAAAAUAAUUAUUCCGCUCCUACGUAAAAUGUAACCAAUCAUAAAUUUUAUAGGAAAAAGCUGACUGGCCCGUCCAGACAACCAAUCAACACCACCCCGUUGCG